UCUAAGCUUAGUCAUGUCUGGUCGCGGCAAAGGCGGGAAGGGCCUGGGCAAGGGCGGCGCCAAGCGCCACCGCAAGGUCCUGCGCGACAACAUCCAGGGCAUCACCAAGCCCGCCAUCCGCCGCCUGGCCCGGCGUGGCGGCGUCAAGCGCAUCUCCGGCCUCAUCUACGAGGAGACCCGCGGGGUGCUGAAGGUGUUCCUGGAGAACGUGAUCCGCGACGCCGUCACCUACACGGAGCACGCCAAGCGCAAGACCGUCACCGCCAUGGACGUGGUCUACGCGCUCAAGCGCCAGGGCCGCACGCUCUACGGCUUCGGUGGUUAAGCCAUUGUUGCAUUUUCCUCCAGUGUCGUAAAAGGCCCUUUUCAGGGCCACCCACUUGUUCCUCAAAAAGCUGUACCUUGCUACGCUGUGUGUCUCGCGGUCGUUCUAAACCGAAACUAGGCCACCUGGUGUUGGACUUCGCGUUGUCCUCAGCGCUUGUGUUACUUUUAGUUGUGGUCGAUGGGGUGGACAUUUAAUUCCCGGACUUGACUCUUAGUAGUCUCUCAGGCUGGGGACAGUUAGGCAGUCUGCUUCAACAUUCCGAAUUUCACCCAGGCUGGAAAUCUGGAUGCUUUUCAAUGAGUCCAAGAUCAUGGGGAGGCCUAACCUUGAAGCAGCUCUAAGGGAACCUUAGCAGGGGAGCACUUAGUCGCCUAAACAGCCACAGCGAUACCCUUUUUAUUAAAGAGAUUUCUAGAGUUGAAAUUCAGUUAUGGGAAGUAAGCCAGGGUUGGCAUACUCUGGAAGACUGUUUUCAUGGUCAGGGUGGGUUCAAGGUCAGGUUGGACCAUCUUAAAAAGCCUGGAAUAUUGGGGAUAGAUAGAUGUUAAAGCCCUUGCCUCUCGGGCACCACCAGGGCCUAGUUUCAAUCACCUUGAACCUUAUGGAGGUGCCCAAACUGAAAAAUAAUCCAGAUGAGAAUCCUUCAUACUAAGGAGAUUCAACUGGUGGGAAAAAACACUUAAACAGGCCCGUGUUCUACAGAGCAAGCUCCAGGACAGCCAGGGCUACACAGAGAAACCCUGUCUCGAAAUAAAACCAAAAAAGAAAAAGAAUCAGGUUCAUCUGAUCCUGGAGGUGUUGAACAGAAUUGAAUAAGAAAGAAUGAAGUUUGUUGAGAGAUCUGAGCUGCAGAGAAAAGUCUUUUGUUUUGUUUUUUUGUGAGUUGCAGAAAAAUCAGUGGAUUCGACCACCAGAAGAUGGACAG